AUGUUGUUGCAACCGGAUAUGAAUAGUCUGCUGCACAACAUGCGUGCACAGAUUCAGGCGUUGACAAGUCAGCUCGCCGAGAUUCAGGCCGCCCCAGCAGCAGAACCUACAUUUGAGUGGAUCAAGCUCCAAAUUUGGAUUAAAGCAAACUGGGACGUGUUUGCUGAUGAUUUUGAGAUAGCAACUGCCGAAUGCUACACCGCGGGUGUGUGGCCUACCUGGGAUGAUCUCAAAGUAGAGAUCAAAAAAUACUUCAAACUGCAAGCUGAGCGUGACUGGGCACGUCAGCAAAUCUGUACCUUCAAACAAGGAAAUAUGAGGACGGAUGACUUUGUUACCCGGUUCCUGGCCCUCUCCAUCCAAGGGGGUUUGGGAAAUGAACAUGCAGUGGAGCUGUUGGAGCCCAAUGUGUCACCGGCCAUUGCACGACAGUUUUACAUACAAGAGAUGCGGAGCAAGAACCUUGCAGCAGCCGCUGAGGAGGUUCAAAAAAUUGGUAGGGCCAUAGAGCUUUACGAUAUGCAAUUCAGUGGCAGGUCCACCACCAAAAACGACUAUCCCCAGAGGAGCCCUGGGUCAUCAAACCAAAAAUCAAAUCACUCUCACGGGUUCCAACCAGGACGAGGUGCUCCUAUGGAUAUCGGCGCGGUCCAGGGCGGACAAAAGCGCAGAUUCACCUGCUUCAGCUGUGGGCAGGAGGGGCACAUGGCCCAAGAUUGUACAAACAGAGCGUGGGCCGCUCACCAAAAAAAUAACCAAGGGCGCCAGGUGUGCCAAUUAGAAGCAGAGAAACCGGAUGAUCGGCUCCAGACUCUGGCCAGUCGUUCAUACAAUGAGAUCCGGGCCUUCUUCUACGAUCAGCAAACCGCUGGAAUGAAGACCCAGGGAAAAGAGUUUGGAGCUUAG